AUGACAUCUCAAGCCAAAAGUAUUACUUUAAAGGGAUCUGCGAAAAUUAUACACAAAUAUCUAGACUAUAGCUUCAAUUCGAUCCUUUUCCAACGUGGAAUCUAUCCUGCUGGACAAUUCAGGCCCGAAGAAUACAAUGGCAUUCCUGUAAUGAUUACGAAUAAUGAUAAAGUGAGAGAGUUUAUAACUAAUGCAACGAGCCGUGUACAAGAUUGGAUCAUGGAAAAGAAAAUCGAUAAACUAAGUAUGGUUAUCUACGCGCUAGAAACGCAGGAACCGAUGGAACGAUGGGAUUUCUCAAUUGAGGCAGAAUACGAUGAUCCUAAUUUACCACCAUCAGCCAAGCCGAUAGAAAAAGUACAGGCAGAAAUUCGUGCGGUUAUGCGACAAAUUACUUCUACAAUCAGUUUCUUGCCGUUCCUUGAAAAAGUUUGUACAUUUGACAUACUAGUACACGCCAAACAAAAUUUCGUAAUAGAAAACAAUAGCUCAAAUGAUUUUCAAUGGGAAUCCAAGGAUAAAAUUGAGAUAAAGAAUGCUCAAACCGUUAGUUUGAAAAGUUUCAGUACAGGUUUCGAUAAGGUUAAUACAGAGGUAAUUUACAAAGUAGACUGA